AUGGCAGGAACAGUCUGGACCACACCUGAACAAAAGGUGUUCCUUGAGACGUACUAUAGUGGGUUUCUGUUAGCGCAGCUACAGGCCAAGGUUUCCCAAUACUGGGAUCCAAUAUACCUUGAAUGGUUCAAAAGAUGGCCUGAAGAGGAUGUAGUGUUUAAAAUACUCCUGCCAGUGAUCCCCGUACAGACGAGGAAAAAAGUUCUGGGGCAGCACUUCAGAAGCGGAGACAGCAAAUACGAACCUGGUUUAAUUAUAGGUCCCAACGAAGUGGCCGUUCCGCUGAACUCGGGUUCAUACCCCUGCUGGAUCUUUUCGACCAUUGCCUAUAAGGAGGAAGUAAAAGAGCGGGUUCAAGACACCAUUAAGUCCGGCGAGCUCGUUACUAAACAGGAAAAAUUGACAGCUAUUCGAAAACUUACACGCGAAGCAUACGAAGCCGCACCGCCAGAAGUCCAAGCUUUGUGUGAGGAGAAGCCUCUCCAGGAGUGUACUGCUCCCAUUGCGCAGUUCUUGCAAGUCAUCAAGGACAUGACAGGGUGGGAAUGGACUGUUAUUGGUGCUGGGCCUGACCCUCAUCUUGGUGGCAAACUAAAUGCGAUGAGUUACCAUACAGGAGUGAAUGGAGAUGGACACAAUUGGAAGCAAGCCACCCCAAAAUUCAUUGAGAAGCAUCUCAAUCCAUACUUGGAAUUUGUUGGAACACUGUUUCCCGAGCAUUCUAUCACCCACAACUUCACUUGCAAACAGUCUACCACCCGCGAUUUCAUCUCCCUCAGUGAAGGAUCUGGGUCACUGGAGGGUGCGUCAUCGACCGUGACUCCAGCAUCACAUGGAACUGCCCUGCAUGCCCCCCUCACACUCUCGGACACCCUGCGAGGUGUCGACUCGUCUCAGAUGCAGGGACCUCUGCCUUUCAGCAACCCCCUUGGCCUUACCUUUGACAAUGAAAUGUCCACCAACUUUGGCACUGACACCUCCAUGUCCCUCAAUCCAUAUGACGCCAGCUUUACCAGCACAUCAGCAUCUAACUACGAUUUCGCUUUACCUGCCCUCCUUGUCAUCCAGCGAAAAUACACCGGCAUCCACUAUGGGAGACACAAGCGCCGGCCUUACCUUUGA